UUUAGUCUUUAAUUUGGCUUUAACGCGAUUGGCUUGCUGGAUAUGUUCGUGGCUAGCUAGUUGGCUGACUGUUUGGUUUGUACGCACGGUAAUUUGUUUUAGUUUAGUGAAUUGGUUAGUUAAGUUGCUAAAUUAAACUGGCGUUGGGACGGUUUGUCGGUCUGACGAUUUUCAUUUUUUUUUGGAGAGUCUAAAGUGCCUUGGCAAAAAAUAAAUAAAAAAAAAUCUGUCAGUUUGGUUUAGUGAAUGGUCGAUCGGUCGUUCCGUGGUCGCUGCUCAUUGUAUGCAAGCGGCAUUAACGUAACCGAAAAAAAAAAAAACAAAAAAUAAAUAAAAUAUACAACACCAACAACAAAUCGCUUGCUUGAUCGGUCCGGUCCGUCGUCGGUCGUUUGUCUCUGCGGUUGGGUCGAGGAGCGACGUUAAUGCUUCUUGUUUGACGGUUUUCGGUGAUCGUGAAUUUGAGAUUGUGUGUGGAAGAAUUGCUUGCUUGCGCUGGUGUUGUUGGUUCGAUGGAUGGUUGGAGUAGAGUGCUAAAAAAAUUUUUAAUAUUAAAGAAAAAUUGAAAAAAAAAAUAAAAAUCGAAAAUCUGAUAUCACCUCUCUUCGGGCCACAAACCUUCAAAAAACAACCAAAAACAAACACCAUAAAAGCUCUGUUUGUUCGAGAAGACCCCUCAAGCCAUCAGCAAUCCAGCCCUGGUUUCUUCAUCAGCCAUUUAUCCAACUCCGUCCACAAAAAAAGACGACAACCCAAAAUUCGCAACGUCAACGAAACGUUUUGAAAAACUCAAAAUUUCGUAGACGUUGAGUAGUCAAAAUACAAAAAAUUAAAGUUAUUUUCUUGUUGUUAUUGUUGGCGUCGUCGUCGUCGUCGUGGCUCAUGUAUGUGUGUGCGUGAAUAUGUAAAGCGCGUUUGUGUGUAGGUGAAUGUGCUGUGCAAUUCUGCUUUGAAGGCAGAAGAAAAAAAAAGAGUUAAUAACAAUAGGCCAUAACGUCAUUGUACUAGAGUUUUCUUUUGCACAACAACAAAAAAAAUUUUAUGCCAGACAAAAACAACAACAACAUCAUCUGAAGUUAAAAAAAAAAUUAACAAAACCCCACCUUUUUAUGCCGCAAAAAUAAAAUUGGAGAAAAAAAUCUGUCAGCAGAUCUGUUAACCAGUUUCAGAAUCCAAGCAUAAACAAGUUUUCAGAGGGGACAAAGAGAGAACAGAGAGUGAGAGAGGAGACCCCCCUCCAGUUUCAUCUUCCGCUUGACAAAUAAAAAGAACUGAUUUUCUGAUCUAAAACUCUGGGCAGAGCCGGUCCGGUAAGCGGGCCUCGUGGUUUACCUUAGACAAACGUUUUUUAUUGCCUCAAUUUUUUCACUGAGAGGAGGGAAAGAGACGUAGCUCAAACCGGAGAGACGGCCAAUAGAAGAAGAACAAAACACCAAGAACAACAACAACAAAACUACAUUGGCAUCUCAUAAAUACCUGGCUGGGGUCUGGUAUCUCUACGUCUGUCCGUCUGGCUGUCUGGCAAGGUUCGUUGAUGAUGAUCAUCAUCAUGAUCGACAUGACGAUGAUGACUGUGUGAUGUUGGAAACCAGUUGGAAGAGGAAACAUGUUUGCCAACUCUUUCUUCAACUACCAGAAAUGAAGUGAAAAACAAGCAGCAGGCAAGGCAAACAAACAGCAGCAGCAGCAACAACAACAAUACCAAUACCACUAACAACAACAACAAAAAUGAUACUUCCCUGCUAAAAAUGUCUACAAUUCGUAAUACCCAUUAGGUUCAACACAAAAAACAAAGUUAAUUUCUUGUCUAAAAGAGAGUAGCAUAAAAAGAGAACUUGUUCCAAAAUGCAUGAACUCUUCACAAAAGUACUCUCAAAACGUGAUCUGUCGCGGGCCGGUGAUCUGUUUUCCGUACCCGACAAUGACAUUGUCAACGAUAUCACCGAUGUGCUCUCUGAUAUCAACGCCAUCAUCUCUUUGGCGGACUAUUUGAAAAACAACAACGACCAGUCUGUGGUGGAGAUCUGUGUAACGCGAGUUCUGUCCUGUAUUCGUGAAACGAAAACAGCCGAACGCUACUGUGCUGCACUUAUCGAUCUACUUAAGACCUGUCUUCUAUGGAAUCUCCAGCCGAGCGGUAGCAACAAAGAGGAUCCGCCGCAUGCGAAAAUUGCUGCCGAUAUUAUAUCGAGUAUAUUUUUGAAUUAUGACAAACGUGAGGUAAUGAAGUUGGCCCUUCCCAUUGCCGUACAAUUCCUGCCCAAGGGUAAUCGUGAACUUUCCCGCAAUCUGGCCAGCUAUCUCUCGCUGGCUGCCAUCGAUUACGCCUAUCUGUUAAGUCCCCAUGUAGAUUCGAUUAUGAACUCGAUUUUGGCCGGCAACUAUGGCCUUUUGAGGGUACUAUCCCAAAUCUAUGAAGUUUCCCCCGACACAGUGUCGCCCCAUGCACCCCAACUGGUGGCCCUGCUACCUGAAUGUGAUUCUCAAGAAAGACUGGCCGUCUUUCAAUUGUAUCUGUUAAUAGCCCAAAGGACUCCCUUAGUUUUAGAAUCGUGCAUUUCACCGUUAUGUGAGUUCCUCUAUGACAGUGAAACGGCCAGCACAACAAUGCAAAUCCUCUUAAAGCUGGCCGAGCAAAGGCCUCUGCUGGUGGCGGAACAUUUUGAUAAGAUACGCUUGGCCACCAAAACCAAUCCGAAUACAAUGUCCCUGGGUGCCCAGGUAUUGGCCACGGCAGGACGAACCAAUAAGGAGAAUGCUCAAUAUGCCUUGGAUUUUGUGUUGGAACAAUUGCCACAUGCCGAUAGGACUUCGCAGGCGGUGUUGUUGCAGGAGGCCACCAAGUUAUGUUCGUCGUUUCCGAUUUUAUUUACCGACAAGGUGUUGGCUUGUGUGAGGCAAAAGAAUGCUCUGAGCCAACAAAAAUUGUCUUCCUCGGAAACAAGCGUGGAUGUGGGCAACAAAACCUCCGGAGGGGUGACAAUUGUCAAUUUGAAUAGCCCCCAUGAACAGCCAGGGAUCCAACAGCCUCUGGUGGGUAAGACCUCCGGGAUUGUGGUAAAUACUUCAGGGGCCCCCAGUUCGGUGGCCCAACACUCCACAAUUAUCAGUGCAGAUCCGGUUACCAGUACCACAACUGUCACGGUGCCCUCGGGUCAUACCACUCAUGCCACCACAGGACGCACGCACAAGAGUAAACAGAGUCGCAGCAGUCCAAACAGCCCCAAGGAUCCGUACAGGCGGACAAUUACCACGGGGAAUAUCAAGAUACCAUCCAAUGCCCCCAAUCCCGUUCCAGUUCUAACUCAACCUCCCAGUUCCGGCAACACAACCGCCACAGUACCGCCCACUCCACCCCACACAGGCUAUACACGACGAGUUAAACUCGGCGACUCUCGCAGCACGGGGAGGCUACAUCCUUCGGGAAAUACCCAUCGCAGUAUGACCCGUCUCAAUGUGGCCGGAGGUUCAGUGGGUGGUCUUCACAAGAGUAUGACCCGGCUGAGUUCAUCGCAGCACAUAAAUCAAAAUGGUGGAGGUUCAGCAUCCGGUUCCGGUUCGAAUACAGCCAAUAAUUCCACCUCCAGCAGUAAUGUGGUGGUCCAGACAGGAGUGAUGCCCAAGACGCCCACAUCACCCAACAGCCCUGGCUAUGUUACACCCGUACCUCCGCUGAGUAAUAAUGUUAUCAUAACGGGUCACAACAAAUGGGGUAUUCCCUCAACCCAGGUGACCUCGGGUGGGGUAACGGUCACCACAUCGCCCACGAAAAUGCGCCCUCAGUCGCAGGGCCCCACCACCCUUCUAAACACCAGUGCCGCCCUCAUGAAAUACAGUACCGAUGCUCUCAAUCAAUCCAUUGGAUCCAUAACGGCACCCACAAAUCCCGUUUCGGUGCAUCAUGCAUCGCCAGCCUUGCCACAUCAAAAUAAUGGCAAUCAAAAAUCUGUGAUGAAGUUACCAGUGAAUGGAAGUAGCGACCACGAAGUCAUAGUCUCGGGUCCCACGACCAAUGUAACACCACGCCGCAAUGACAACACCAGCCGCACUCUCUUGAAUGCCAACAACAGCAUUUUGGACCAGCGCAUGAGUACCUUUGAACCCUAUCAAAUAAUGCGUGACCCCGUCCAGCAAUUUUGUGAGAAACACUUCUCCUCCAUCAGCUCCUACAUGGAUGAGGUUUCGCAAAUGUUGCCACCCCCGACGCGGUGUAGCAUAGAAGUUUCCAAUGAAUUUGCAGAGCGACGCUCAAAGAAAGUGGCAAAAUUACAUUUUGCCUGUCAGAUACGAGGACCCCAUUGCCUAUACUCGAAGACCUGUUUUACGAUGAGAACCCGCAAUCCCAAGACCUGGAUACAUUUAAUGUUUCUGGACUUUCAAGUCAGGCACUAUGUUAAGGAAAAAAGUGUCCUGAGUACCCGAGAACCGGGUAUAAGUAAUUUGAAAAAUAUCUGGCAAAUACUCAAAUGUGAAAAUCGCAGUUUUACCGAAUUGGUCACCAGCCAGUUUCCGAGCAUAAAGGACCGUGAAAUCCUGGUCAAUGAAUUAAGACAUUCAGGCUUCUUAGAUGUUUUCGAAGUCUCCAAGACUGAUAAAUCUAAUCCGAAUUGCAAUGAGCUGGAAUAUCAAUGGGGUUGCUUCCUAUGCAAUCAUCCGGACAAGGCAAUGGGCUUCUUGAAUGGCAGUAAUCAACCCAUGAUUGAGGGUCAAUUGAAAGAGAAAAAGGGCAAGUGGCGGCUAUUUCGACGGUGGCGUACCAGAUAUUUUACCCUAUCGGGGGCACAUUUGUCGUGCAAAGGAUCGAGUGGUGGUGAGAGCAUUGAUGUGAAUCAAAUCCGUUCGGUAAAGGUGUCGCGUGGUGCCCGCAACAUACCCAAGGCAUUUGAAAUAUUUACAGCCGAUCAAACACUAAUACUCAAGCCGAAGGAUGGCAAAAAUGCCGAGGAGUGGGUGCAGUGCCUCAGUAUUGUGGUGGCUCAUUCGCAGGCCCGUGAUAAUCCGCAUACGAAAACCAAUAGUUUGCCGGCGCGGGGCAUGAGUAGCAGUAAACCAUCGUUUUGAGAUUUUGUGAAAGAGACAUAUAAAUACACACACACACACCUACAUUUAAAGAUUUUAAAUAUACACACAGACAUAGAAGUGUAAUUUAAGCCUAUUCUCAAUACUUUUUAAAAGUUAAAUAAUUUAAAUUAUAAAUUCUAGUUUAGAAAUUAAUUUUGAAUUUAAGAAUUUAGAUUUUCUUUUUACGCGCAUGUAUGUAUGUAUGCACUUUGGCUUUAAAAUACAUAAAUGUAUUUAAAAAAAAUAUUCGAAAAAAAUCAAAUUUCUGCUAAAAGACCUAAAUGAUCCUAUCAUUAUAUUUUGUACUUAAACUAUUGUUAUUAUUUUAAGGUUUAUUUUUUUAUUUUUUCUAAGAGUAGUUGCCUUAUAUAUAGACUACAGACAAUGCAUAUCAUCAAUAUAUACACACUUAUAUAUAUUUUUAAAUUUUUUUCCUGUAUAUUUAUUAUUAUUUGAUAUU